CGGCAUUGCCUAACCUUGGCAAUAAUUAGGAGAUUAUAUAGUACGCCUUAGUUGUUCCACGAUGCAAUGAUUGCCCAGUAGAGUAUCAUGAGAAGUGUGCGCUAUAUAUAUACGUAUAUACACCUAUAAUAUGUACUCCUCUAGAAUAUCGAUAAGCGUGUUUAUCUAAUCGUUGUCUCGACGUACCACGUGUUUGUCAUAGCUCCAUUGCUUUUUCCCCAACUUUCUUUUCAAUAGAGCAUAUUGUUCGUCAAAUUCCGGCAUCUUCCUUUUCACGCAACAGCCUCCUCCUCCCUCCUCUCCGUCUCCAGAGAAGCUUCCUUCCAUUCUAAGAUAAGCUUUUCAGCCUUCCUAUGCACACCCAGCGUAGUUAAUCCAGUUGAUCUUAUAGAGCCACACAAAGCAAGUAAAGAAGGCAGAAGAUUGCGAAUCGAAGAAGGCUCUGGGGAAAGCAGCUGCUGGAUCCAUGAGAGAUUAUGAAGGAGAAGAAGGUUCAUGAAGUGCAAAAAGGUGUACAAUAAAUACGCUAGGGCAUUUAUCGACUUUGAGGAGCUGGCAGAUAUCAUAUACACACAAGUAAAGUAUUGAUCUCCUUCUCUAUUUUGCAGAAGAAACAAGUGAUUCAUCAGUUGAUCGAUCUUCUCGAUCUCCAAAAGAGCGAGGAAUAUUCGAUUAGGAGAAUAUUUUGCAGGCAGUGCGGUGCAAUCAGUAUCCUAUGAUGAGCUCAAGAGAUCCAUCCAAGGAAGCAGCCAAUUUCGCUCCAAAGCAGGAAGGCUUCAGCGCGAGUGAAGAUGCUAGCAAGACUGUCUCUAAGGCCUCAUUCGCUCCGACACCUUGGUUUAGACUCAAGGAUCCGAGGGUUGUCCGAGUGUCUCGUGCCUUUGGAGGUAAAGAUCGGCAUAGCAAAGUUUGCACCAUCAGGGGCUUGAGGGACAGGAGGGUGAGGUUGUCAGUUCCCACUGCAAUUCAGCUGUAUGAUCUUCAAGAUAGGCUAGGGCUCAGUCAGCCAAGCAAGGUUGUGGAUUGGCUUCUCGAUGCUGCAAAGCAUGAGAUUGACGAGCUACCUCCACUGCCAAUGCAACCGGUCCACUUGGGUCAGCCUCCAAUGUUUCACCAAAAUUCAUCAUCAUCGCCAUCUACUUCACUUGCAGUUGAUCAGAAUCUCUCAUCCAAUAGGGAGCUGGGGUCGAUAAAUGGUAUGAAUUGGGAUGGUAGCAACAACUCGAGCAAGUCAUCACAGCGCAAGUUCUUGAACAAUUCAGAUGCUAAUUCGUGUCGGAACAAGUCCAAUGGUGAUUGCGAUGAUGAAGGAAAUCGGGGGAUAAUAUCGAGAAAUGAUCAAGAGGAAAUACAACAAGAAAGUGAGGGGCAAGCAGCCGAAGAAUUAGUCCAACAUAGCGAUUUCUCAUCCAAAACCAACCAUAACUCUAAUUACUUCCCUUACAGCUCAAAUAUUUAUCACUUGGAGCCUCCAAGUAUUGCUAAUUUACCUCAUCAUGGGCUGGUCACAUCUCAAAGCUCAUUGGAAAAUCCUCAAAGCCUGAUGAACGUUCAGAUCUCAUCCGCAUUGUCUCUCUCCCAAACUCACCCUUAUUUUCCUGUGCAGUUUAUAGCUUCAUCGGGGGCAGGUAUGGACCCUCGGCAGGUUAGCCAAUUCCAACCGACGCUUAUGAUGAGCUCAGGCUUGCAAAACUUCUUACCGAUCUCUCACGAGCCCCCUCUAAACUCCCUAAGUCAUCACCAGUCAUCGGCGAGAGCGCCAUUUAAUUAUCAGCUUCGGCGUAAAUGCAACAGCAGUUCCGUCUCAGAUUAGUUCUGGAAAUGAGAUGGAUAAAGAUUAGUUCGGAGAAUUCUCCUUAUGUAUAGGAGAUGCGGGGAUCAACUGGAGAAGCAUGCGUAGCACACGAUGUAUCUUGGUCUCCUUGACCAGCCAAAUUACGGAGCUGCGCAGUGAUUGCAUGGGAAGACAUUUAAGACAUUGUGAUUUGUAGCUAGCAUGCUCACAGAUAUAUAAGGUUUUGGGUUUCAUCAGAUCUCUGUUAAUGAUAAGCAUAUUGAUACAAUACAGUACUGUGGUCCAGCAUGGAAAUUUUUGCUUCUUUACUAUAUUGUGAGCUCGUAUUUCAUAAUUUGACAAAAAAAAAAUUGAUGAUGAGGGAGGGUGAAGGGAUAUAUAUUGAGAUACGAAGAUUUGAUUUAUAUACAUUACUUAUAUAUAUAUAUAUACAUCAUAUAACA